UAUUUUCAACGGCAAUCCACUGAUAUACACAUUUACCUCUUAUUAAAUCAUUGUUAUUAUUAUUGUGUUUUUGUUUUUUGCUAAAACUGCGUAUACAUGCGGUUGGAAAAAAAAGAUGAUUUGAAUUAGUUAACCAGAAACUUCAUGAGCUAGCUUUAAUGCAACAGUCAGAAGUUAUUUGCAAGAAAUAAAGUUCAUGGCAAAAAGAUAAACACGUGAUACUUAGAAAGUGAAAUCAUUGCUCCCUUUUUCAGACAAUAAAGUGGCAUCCGUCUUUGAUUAUAAUGGGAGAGAUCUGUUUCUGACGCGACGCGACGCUCGACGCGAGUGUCAGGACGCCCGUUAGUGAUCACUGACACGGAUCUAAUCCACUUUUGAUGAACUGUGUUAAUGGACUCCCUGUGGCGAUUAUCAAAGAGACUCAUUUCAGUUCAUUUCUCCGCGCGUGGACUUCCCCCUUAAAUCGCCUCUUGUGUCCUCUGGAGUGUCAGUCCAUCAUGUCCCGUCCGGACGCGCAGUUCAUCUGGACAGAGACCGGCAGAGCGCGUCCACAGGACCCGUGUGCUCUCGUCCAGCUCCGCCUCUCCGCACUCGCGUAUCCCGCCGAAGACCAGAGCACCAUCGCCCGAGCGCGGAGACGCCGCAGACUGGCCGCUAACGCCCGCGAGAGGAGGAGGAUGCUCGGCUUGAACGUGGCCUUUGACCGCCUGAGGAGCGUCAUUCCCAGCGUGGAGAGCGAGCGGAAACUGUCCAAGUCUGAGACGCUUCAGAUGGCGCAGAUCUACAUCAGCACUCUGAGCGAGCUGCUGGAGGACAGAGACGGUGACCGGACAUUACUGAUGAUGGCGGGGCAAGAGACCACACAAGAGCAGAAAACUGUUCCCACCUGCAGGACAAAUUCAUACGCGGGGGAUUUCGGGCGUCCGACCUGCUGUGACCCUGAAACACCCGACCUCUUACAGAUGAACCUGCUGGAGAGAAGCAAUGGGGCAAAAUAACGCGGAGUGUGUUGUGAUUAUUUGUUGUAUAAAUAUACGUCUGGAAUAUUAUUCAAAUAUUUGCUACAAAUAAAUAUUUUCUGAAGAAAUCUCCUAAAUUCGCAUUACAGUUAUUAAAAAUGUCAGUGCAGCUCAUUACCAUCAUGAUGCUCGGGUGUUCUGGGUCAAAAGUCUCUAAAAACGGGGAUUUUCUUUUUGGAGUGACUUUGACAAAACGGUGCAACGUUUCAUUGAGUGGAAGUUCUCAACACAAAACAGAUCAUAAUUCAUAACCUUCAUACACACUUACCAGUGUAUUAUUUAUAAGCAUUUGUAUUCACAAUGAUACUAAUAACUGUUAUUAAUAUGAUUAGGCUUAUUAUUACAUUAAAAAUGUUUUGAAUUGAUAUAUUUAUACAGGUUUAUAUAAGUAGAAAAUGUUCAUAUUAAUUCCAAACCACGAAUUAAUCGAAUGAAUUCCAUGAUCAUUAGUAUUAAUAACAUAAGACAAACGUGUUGAGACUUCUGUGCGUUACUUAAUGUUUUAUCACUGUGCCAAUCAACCCCAAGAUACACACUUUAAACAUUCAACACAACUCAAUAUUUGGUGACAUUGAAUACAUUUGGUUUUUACCUAAGAAUGAAAACUAUCAUUUACACCUAGUUGAGGAAAGAAAAGUGUGCCAAGCAACCACCGUUUAUUACAAGCAGUAAUGGUAAAUUCAUGAACAUGAAAGAGACUGUCAAACUA